UUUAGGAAACACCACGCGUUUCAACACUCCUUCUCCUCUCCUUCUUCAACUGGGAUUUCCAGUUCCUUCCCCUAUAUAUAUAUAUGUAUGCAUAUGCAUGAAAAUAUAGAGUUUACAAAGUUAGAGAGAGAGAGAGAGAGAGAGUGUAUUAAGAAACUAUCCCAAUUUCUAAAAUCCCUUCUUUGUCUUGUGUGGUUCUUUCAUUGAUUCAUCUCCCCUGUUCCAAGAAAGGAAAAAAAUUACCCGAAGUACUAAAAAAAAGAACUCUUAGAGAUUAAGCCGAUGGACGAGAUUCAAAUAGCCAAAUCAAAGGCAGAAAUCCUCGACAAACUUGCAAACUCCGGCAACUACCCUGACAACCCUACCGGAAGGGUCUCGGCGAAACUCGGCGGCGAGGAGGUAGACUGGGAGAGGAUAAGCGGUGUCACGGCGGAGCUGGCCCGGUGGAGGGCACGGGCCACCAACCGGGACUUCCGGACGGUGUUGGAGGAGACAGAGCUGAGGGUGACGGUGGAGCUGGCCAGGAUUUUGGAGCCCACGUUGGACCCGGUGCUUAAAGGGCUGAGGGAGGUGGUGGUGGAGGAAGAGGAGGAAGGUGGUCUUUGUGGGGUUUGUCAGGAAGAGAUGGAGGUUGGUGAGGAUGUUAGGGCUAUGGGGUGUAUGCAUAAGUUUCACGUGUUUUGUAUUUACAAGUGGCUGAAGCACAAGAAUGUGUGUCCUUUGUGUAGGUACUCUGGUGUCACCGACCAAUAAAAACAGAGAGAUUUCUCUCUUUUUGAUCGGUUCUUAUUUGAACUUGUUAUAGGAUGGGAUACGUACAGUCGAUUCAAAUUUAAAUUAUUUUAAUAGUUGGUGAUACUUCGGUUGUGUCCAAUAUCUUACUUGGGUCAUGCAUGCACCCUCAGAAGUGAAUUCCAAUCAGCAGAGUUCAACAAUCGACAAUGAUCACUUGAACGGUUUUUAUUUAAAUUUUUGAAGUUCGUAGUUGUUGGUGAUGCCUCGGUUGUAUCCCAAGUGUUCAUGUCAUGCUCGUGCCAUGCAUGCACCCACAAAGUUGAUAUGAAGCGCACACAGAGAGUUUCAAAAUUGUACUUGAUUAAUUUUCUUGAUGAUUCUCUAGGGCUCUGUUUUGGAUGUCAAUUCCAGGUACUUAUGUAAUUAAGUAGGAAUUUAACUUUAUAACAACUAAUGACAGUAGAUUUUGUUAUUCGU